CUUCUUCUUCAUUUCUAUGUACCCUUUCACUCUCCUAUGAAUGUACACCCUCCUAUAUAUUAAUACCGCCGAAUCGUUUCUUGUUCUAUACACUCUUCUUUUUCAAAACAUAUUCAAUAAAGGUUUUCAAAGCUCUUUUCAACUUGCUGUUGCAAUGGCUGACAUUGAUCGCUCAUCUGAUAAUGCUUCUGCUGAUUCUAAAGAGAAAUCCCUACAAACUUCGACUAUGGAAUUUUCUGAGGCUGAGGAAAUCCUUAUUGCCAUGGUGUAUAAUCUGGUUGGGGAGAGGUGGUCUUUGAUUGCUGGAAGAAUUCCUGGAAGAACUGCAGAAGAGAUAGAGAAGUAUUGGACUUCAAGAUAUUCAACUAGCCAAUGAAAUGGCAGAGAUAACGAAGCAAGAAAAAUUUUGUGUGGGAUAUGAAAUGGAAGUUGUUCCAAUUAUAUAUUGGUUCUUGUGUUUGCAUUUUGCUGUAACUAAAAGGGGUAUGUCAUUCUAAAUGCCCUUAUGUUUAAUGUUGUUACUUUAUCUUCCCAUAUAUCUUAUAAUGUUCUUAUAUGUUUAGGCAA